UGCUGACAUCACUAUCUCCAUGACAAACUGGGAGGUUGCACCUAUUUUAUUGUGUUGUGUAAUUGCAGUGAGUUAUUUUCUUAGUCUGGAUUACUGCGGAAGUAUAGUCUUGGGUUAAGUGCUUCCAAAAUGGAGCUGAAAAACAUUCAGUGGUCUAAAAGUGAAUACAGUCUGAACGAGUUUCGAAGAAAAUUUGAAACAUCUUUGCCUUAAAUUAUUAAAGUCACAGAGGGAUUCCUGGGCCAGCAAGAAGUGGAUUCAAUCAGUGCUGCCACUAUCCUUCGGAUUCAUUGCUUACGUUCACUGAAGAGAGCAAUUGCUGAAUGCAAAAAUGGAAAAGUGUUAUCACUGCCAGUAAACUCAUCGAUGCUGUUUUACGCGAUGGAUCAAAAAACUAACAAAGAAGUUGGACCGCUUACAAUGGAACAGGUUUUGUUAUACUUUACAUUGCCUGUGAAUAUCAGAUCUGCAGCUAACCUAACAUACACAGAUAUGAGAAUGAAUCCCAGAUUGAAGAAUCAGAAACUUGGAAACCUAUAUGUCACACAGACAUAUCAACAAGAAAUUCUACUGGGACACACCAUAAAUUCUAGUGGAUGUUUACUAGUUCGGAUACCUAUUGUGAUCCCAAUGUAUAUGCAUCAAAUUAAGGUUGUUGUAGCAGAAGGAUUCAUGGAUGAUAAUAAAACACAAUGGAAUAUAUGCUGCACCAAUUAUGAUUCGAUGGUCAACAAUGUGGGUUUUUUGGAUCAUUUCAUUUAUCAAGAUAUCACUUUGUUUGAUAAAACUGAAAAAAGUCGACAUGGAAAUGAAUACGCAGAACUUGAGCCAUUGUACAUCAGUCUGCAAGAAUGUAAGGAGGACAAUACAUAUCACACACUACAUUCUUAUCAAAGACAAAAUAAAAUGCUGCCGGUACAACUUCCUGUAGAGUAUCCAACUCAAGUCAAUCAACAAAAUAAGAUACAAGAAUCUCCAAAACUCAAACCAAAAGGCACCUCUCCUUUGCCUGUCUUAGCCAAAACAACAAUGGACACCCAAUCAUUAUCAAACACACCGUCUAGUACAAGCAAUGUACAAAUCGGCAAAACAAAUAAAAUUGCCACUAUGAGUGAUGUUCCACUGGAUUUACAAACUCUGGGUGUAGAUGAGAUCUGUGACUGUUUGAAUUUACUCAACAUGAAUCAGUACAUUAAGGCCUUUCAGUUACAGCAGAUUGAUGGGACUUUGCUCUUUGACAUGGACAGAGAUAUGAUGCAGACCACACUCAAGAUGAGCAAUUUUCACAUUACCAAACUUACACGAUUCAUGAAAGGAUGGAGGCCAAAAUAACUAAUGUAUGCAAUAUUCAUGUAAAUAAGGCCAUAAUGAGUCCACUCUACAUAAGAACAAAAGAAACCCGAGACGAAAAAAGACCAAGGUCCAUCUAG